GGGGCAUGUUAGGUGUCUAUUCAGUAGACGGCAGUGGGGCACGAAGAGUGCGAAGGCAUUGCUGCCAGGGGGGUGAUAUCUGCAGUGGGCCUAGAAUCGACAGGAGAGUUCGGAGCCAAGCCAGCGAACCCCGCGAGUAGCAGUCGGCUGCUGAGACCCGGAGGGCGGCAGGGGGCGAAGCCCCAGCCUAGGCCCCGCGGAGAUGUCAGGCUGCGGCGCUUGUACUUGCGGCGCCACAGCCGCGCGGCUCAUCAGCUCCUCGUUCGCCUCCGCGCCAAGAGGUAUUUCUUGUGGUCGCAUUCAUAUACCAGUUUUAGGAAGGCUUGGGACCUUUGAAACACAGCUUCUACGAAGAGCUCCUUUUAGAGCCUUUACAGAAACACCAGCAUACUUUGCUUCAAAAGAUGGGAUGAGUAAAGAUGGCUCUGGAGAUGGAAAUAAGAAAUCAGCAAGUGAGGGAAGCAGUAAGAAGUCAGGCUCUGGGAAUUCUGGGAAAGGUGGAAACCAGCUUCGCUGUCCUAAAUGUGGAGACUUGUGCACACACGUAGAGACCUUUGUGUCAUCCACCCGCUUUGUGAAGUGUGAAAAAUGUCAUCAUUUUUUUGUUGUGCUAUCAGAAGCAGACUCAAAGAAAAGCAUAAUUAAAGAACCUGAAUCAGCAGCAGAAGCUGUAAAAUUGGCAUUCCAACAGAAACCACCUCCUCCCCCCAAAAAGAUUUAUAACUACCUCGACAAGUAUGUUGUUGGCCAGUCAUUUGCUAAGAAGGUGCUUUCAGUUGCUGUAUACAAUCAUUAUAAGAGAAUAUAUAAUAAUAUCCCAGCUAAUGUGAGACAGCAAGCAGAAGUUGAGAAGCAGACAUCAUUAACUCCUAGAGAGUUAGAAAUAAGAAGACGGGAGGAUGAGUACAGAUUUACAAAGUUGCUUCAGAUUGCUGGAAUUAGUCCACAUGGUAAUGCUUUAGGAGCAUCAAUGCAGCAACAAGUAAACCAACAAAUACCUCAGGAAAAACGAGGAGGUGAAGUAUUGGAUUCUUCCCAUGAUGACAUAAAGCUUGAAAAGAGUAAUAUUUUGCUGCUUGGACCAACUGGGUCAGGUAAAACUCUUCUGGCACAAACCCUAGCUAAAUGCCUUGAUGUCCCUUUUGCUAUCUGUGACUGUACGACUUUGACUCAGGCUGGAUAUGUAGGUGAAGAUAUUGAAUCUGUGAUUGCCAAACUGCUCCAAGAUGCCAAUUAUAAUGUAGAAAAAGCACAACAAGGAAUUGUCUUUCUGGAUGAAGUAGAUAAGAUUGGCAGUGUGCCAGGCAUUCAUCAGUUACGGGAUGUAGGUGGAGAAGGCGUUCAGCAAGGCUUAUUAAAACUACUAGAAGGCACAAUAGUCAAUGUUCCAGAAAAGAAUUCCCGUAAGCUACGUGGAGAAACGGUACAAGUUGAUACAACAAACAUCCUGUUUGUUGCAUCUGGUGCUUUCAAUGGUUUGGACAGAAUCAUCAGCAGGAGAAAAAAUGAAAAGUAUCUUGGAUUUGGAACACCAUCUAAUCUGGGAAAAGGCAGAAGGGCUGCAGCUGCUGCAGACCUUGCCAAUCGAAGUGGAGAAUCAAAUACUCACCAAGACAUUGAAGAAAAAGAUCGUUUAUUACGUCAUGUGGAAGCCAGAGAUCUCAUUGAAUUUGGCAUGAUUCCUGAGUUUGUGGGACGGUUGCCUGUGGUAGUUCCUUUGCAUAGCCUAGAUGAGAAAACACUUGUACGAAUACUAACUGAGCCACGUAAUGCUGUUAUUCCUCAGUACCAGGCCUUAUUCAGCAUGGAUAAGUGUGAACUGAAUGUUACUGAAGAUGCUUUGAAAGCUAUAGCCCGAUUGGCACUAGAACGAAAAACAGGUGCACGAGGCCUCCGGUCCAUAAUGGAAAAGCUGUUACUAGAACCAAUGUUCGAAGUCCCUAAUUCUGAUAUUGUAUGUGUGGAGGUUGACAAAGAAGUAGUAGAAGGAAAGAAGGAACCAGGAUACAUCCGGGCUCCAACGAAAGAAUCCUCUGAAGAGGAGUAUGACUCUGGAGUUGAAGAAGAAGGAUGGCCUCGUCAAGCAGAUGCUGCAAACAGCUAAACUGUCAGACUUCUGUCCUGUAUAUAAAGUUUUCCUUCGUUUAGGAUCGUAACUGUCUCUACAGUCUGACAUUAAAAGCAUUGGAUCUAUCUUGGAUAUCAUACAUGGUCAGAAGCUUUUAGGAUAAAAAUCAGAUCAUGUAUAUAAUGUAACAUCACAUUGAUUUAUACAGACUGACAUAACAUGGACUUAAUGACACAGUGUUCAGAGACAAAAUGUACAUUAUUUUGGUUUGGUUUUUAAAAAAUACGCUUUAAAAAAAUUCUUAGGAGUUCUUUUAAGCAAUGCAGGUGUUACAAUAACUGUGGAUUUUACAAUAAUGUAACUAUAAAUGGGAAAAUAAACUCUUUAAAAUUGAA